AUGUACUUCUUCCUGCUCAACCUCACCCUCCUCGACCUGGGCUGCAUCUCCACCACUGUACCCAAGUCGAUGGCCAACUCCCUCUGGGACACCAGGGCCAUUUCCUACGCAGGCUGUGCUAUACAUAUCUUUUUAUGUCUUUUUGUGAUCACAGCAGAGUUUCCUCUAGUUACCAUCAUGGCCUAUGACUGCUACAUUGCCAUCUGCAAAUCCCUGUACUAUGGAACCGUCCUGGGCAGCAGGGCUUGUGUCCACAUGGCAGCAGCUGCCUGGGACACUGGGUUCCUCAGUGCUCUGCUGCACACAGCCUCUACAGUUUCACUACCACUCUGCAAAUGCAAUGUUGUAGACCAGUUCUUCUAUGAAAUCCCUGUGAUACUCAAGCUGUCCUGCUCAGAUGCCUACCUCAGGGAAGUUCAUCUUAUUGUGGUUGGUUUCUGUUUGGCAUUUGGCUGUUUUGUUUUCAUUGUGGUGUCCUAUGUGCAGAUCUUCAGGGCUGUGAUGAGGAUCCCCUCUGAGCAGGGAUGGCACAAAGCCUUUUCCAUGUGCCUCCCUCACCUGGUCAUGGUCUCUUUGUAUGUCAACACUGCCAUUUUGGCCUUCCUGAAACCCCCUUCUAUCUCCCUCUCAUCCCCGAAUUUCCUAGUGGCAGUUCUGUACUUGGUGGUUCCUCCAACAGUGAACCCCUUCAUCUACAGCAUGAGGAAGCAGGAGCUCAAGAAUGCCCUGUGGAAACUAUUACAAUACUGCCUAUUUCAGAUUAAUAAG